AUGCGGCCAUCCACAGUACGACAUCAUGCCAGACUAGGCCUCCCGGCUUCACGGCUCUUCCAUAGCUCCACCGUGGUCCGCAACGAUGUCUUUGCCAACAGCCUCCGAAAAACCCUGGACGCUCAUCGAUCAACGAAUCGCGCGCGCUUGAUUCGCAAAAUAUACCCCAAGGAAGAUCCCCCAGGACUCUGGCGUCCGGAGAUUCCUCCUCAAAGUCGGGUUGGCUAUCAAACCCCCGUCGAUCCAGCUCUACCAGCAGCAGAGUCUCCAGAUACACCCGAGCCGGAACUGGGGGCCAAGAAACGUCGCAAAAAGGCCAAACAAAAACCCCCCGGGCUUGAGGCGCGACGGCACGAAGAGGCCAUUCAACCGGUUGGAAAAGGCCCGGUUCAAACACCCUGGCUGAAGAAUGUCGACCUACCGCGCGCUAGCGCCGAGAUCACCUUGGACACGGAAAUCCGAGCGUUAGUCCAAUAUCUCACCCCAAGCGCCGAGGAACGGUGUCAAUUUGAGAAAGUGAGGACCGAGGUAGCCUCUCUUCUCAAAGGUGUGGUACCCCAAGCACCCCAAGUAACCGGGUCCCACCGUACGGGACUGGUGCUGGCACAUUCCGAUCUUGACUUCAUCCUCCCCUUUAAGGACCUCCAACGAUCACCAGAGCGCGAUCGCAGACCCAGUGCAACACGGCCUCAAAUCCAAGACAGCCACAUUCGUCUUCUCCGGCAGGUCGAGAGAACUUUGCAGCAGACCGCCGCAUUCCGAGAUCAGAUCUACCCAUCAGAUAAGCGAAACCCAGCGCUUUCCGCUCGACACCGACCCACGGGACUUUGGCUGCAUUUUUACUGCGGUGAGGGGAUCCCCGCCAUCACGGAGUACCUACAGGAUUAUCAAGCCGAGUACCCCUCUCUCAAACCCCUUUAUGCAGUAACGCGCAUUCUGCUCGAGGCCCGUGGGCUUUUUGGUGCGCCACAGGCAAGCAUCAGUCCCGACGCGCUGGCCAUGCUCAUCGUGGCGUUCCUGAAAGUGAACCACGGUCGUUUCACUGCUCCCAAUAGCCUGGGUGAUCAAUUUCUUGCCCUCCUGCGCCUAUAUGGCAAUGACGUGAACCUUCAGACCGUUGGGGUUGCUGUUGACCCCCCUUCUUUCUUUGGUGCUGAUACGCUAGUGCCUUCGGGCGACCAGAACGCCGCCUACCAACGCGGCCAGCGGUCUCUCGUCAAUGCUAAGCGCACCGCUGCCGCAAAAGGAAACACCCCUGUGGCGAAUCGGUUAUGCAUCCAGGAUCCCACGCACUAUAUGAAUGACCUGGGCCGUUCCUGCACUCGUACGUCUGAGUUACGGGGUGCUUUUGCGGCUGCGUAUGAGCACCUGCGUCGUGCAUGCGACGACUGGGCGGGCGAGCCGAAAAAGAGCUCGAGUAUUCUCACGUCUGUUCUGCAGGCCAGAUUUGACGCUUUGGAGAAUCUGCGGGCUCGGAUUCUGUGUAUCUAA